AUGUGCCUUUCAGCUGAUGAAUGCUUCACUUACGGCACAUACAAUAAAUGGUUCCAACAAUUCAAUGAUCGCCUCAACCGUGGUCUGGUUUGGGAUCCAAAGCUGAUGUAUGAGAUUUGUGACGAUCUAAGGGAUGUGACGUCCUCUAAUGCGGAAAUUAGAUACGAGGCAGAAAGAGAUUUCUCGACAGAGCCAAGACGUACGCUUGAGUCCAAAGUACGUAAACUUCCUGUGGGCACGAGGUAUGCAUGCAACGGAAUCGAGAAAGGAAGCAAACUGGAAAUCCUAUGCGUUUACUACAAACCUGAGUGA